UAUUGCGUGAGUCAUACAAUGUUUGUAAUCAACUAUUGGUCCCCAAAAGGCAGCACUCAAUGCAUCACUCAUUUUGAGUUGUCGUCAGUCUUACAGUAGUAUUGAGUCAUUCAGUCGUUCACUGAACACAACAUCCAAUUCAUUCAAGUCUCAGACAUCUGAUCCCAAGUGAUGGCCAACUCUUUCAGUUUGGAUUCGUUCUUCAAUUCACUCAACCGUAAAAUUGAACCUCAGGUUCAGAGCCACUUAAAGGAUGUCUAUUCCUCGAUGUCUAUCGCGCUGUUGAGCGCAUCCAUCGGUGGUUACAUUCAUUUGUUCACAAAUAUACUACAAGGUGGUAUACUGUCAUCGCUGGUGGCCAUCGGCUUUGUUAUCGCCCUCUACUCCACUCCAGACAAUGGGAAGAACCGGUCGACUAGACUCUGGUAUUUGAUUGGCUUCGCGUUCGCCUCAGACAAUGGGAAGAACCGGUCGACUAGACUCUGGUAUUUGAUUGGCUUCGCGUUCGCCUCAGGUCUUGGAUUGGGACCACUCAUGGAAUACGCGAUUCUCGUGAACCCGACGCUCAUUCCCACGGCUUUCCUGUCGACGUGUGUCAUCUUCGGCUGCUUCUCGUUGUCUGCGGUGUUCAGCGAUCAGCGAAAGUGGCUGUAUUUGGGCGGCACUCUCAUGUCGUUCAUGUCUCUGCUCCUCAUGAUGUCAAUCAUCAAUCUGUUCAUUGGAUCCAAACUCUUGUAUCAGAUCCACUUGUAUUUGGCAUUCUUCGUGGUCUGCGGUUUCAUAAUGUUUGACACGAACCUAAUUAUUGAGAAGAGACGUCGGGGAGACACUGAUUAUAUCUCGCAUUCGGUGCUAUUGUUCUUGGAUUUCAUCGACAUUUUCCGAUAUCUUCUCAUUAUUUUGACGCAAAAGAACUGUUGGAAUCACAUCAGUCGAGACCUCGAGGACGAGGAUCAGAUCGAUGACAAUGAGUUCUGCAUCCCUGCCAUCGAUGGACCGCUUCCCACACUCGACAGUAUUUUCAAUGAGGAAGACAACGAUUCCAUUGGAAGUGAUCCUCAACUGGAGGCCAACGAAAUGACCACUGGUUUGAAUGAAUGGCUCGAAUCGACUGAAAACUCUUCGCUCAGUAGUUAUGACUCGAAGGGCCCGAAGAAGUCAUCGAAAUAUCUUCUGCCGAACGAGUCGUACCCCAAAAUA